AGUGCAGUCCCGCCCCACGCCGCCGACGCCAAGGUGAGGCGACGGCAAUGGGGCCGGGCUGCCGUGUGGCCGGGCGGCUCUGGACGGUUUUGUGGCGCGGGGUUCGGUCUGGAGUAGGAGCUGGAACCGGGCCCCGGCUUUGGCUACCGGCGGUGGAACGGCUUUCUGAGGGACCAGCCUUCCGCUGGGCCUGCCUCACCCCCGACCUCGUGCGCGGCCUGCACAGCGGGCCCCAGCUGGAGGAGCAGGCGGAGGGGACGCAGGUCGAGGGACGCCCAGAGUCUAGCGCAGCAGAUCAUAUUGGUCCCAGGUUUGACAUCGAUAUGCUGGUUUCACUACUGAGGCAAGAGAAUGCAAGAGACAUUUGCGUAAUUAAGGUUCCUCAAGAAAUGAAAUAUACAGAUUACUUUGUGAUUAGUAGUGGAACUUCCACCCGACACUUGCAUGCCAUGGCGUACUACAUUGUGAAAAUGUACAAAUACCUGAAAUGUAAGAGUGAGUCUCACGUUAAGAUUGAAGGGAAGGACACUGAUGACUGGCUGUGUGUGGAUUUUGGCAGCAUGGUGCUUCAUUUGAUGCUUCCAGAAACCAGAGAAAUCUAUGAAUUAGAGAAAUUAUGGACACUCCAUUCUUACGAUGACCAGUUGGCUCAAAUAGCACCUGAGACAUUACCUGAAGACUUCAUUCUUGGAAUAGAAGAUGACACUUCAUCUCUCUGACUCUGGUGGAGUUCAAAUGUGAAUAAAGUUAUAUGAACUGCCUUAGUCAUUUCA